CUUUGUGCUCAUAACCACUUCGUUUCCCCAUCUCGAAGCAUGUUUUCCCAAGCUGAACUUUCUAAAUAUGCUGAAAUCUUUCAAGCUCAAGGACAAGUCAAUGGAUUCCUUCCUGGUGCGACGGCAAGGACCAUGUUCUUAAACUCCGGAUUGCCAGUUAACAAGCUUGAAAAAAUAUGGGAUUUGUCUGAUAUGGAUAACGAUGGGCAGCUUGAUUUCGACGAAUUCUGUGUGGCCAUGCAUCUUACCUACGAUUCCCUCAACGGCGGCAAUCCUCCAUCAAGCUUACCAGCGCAACUGAUACCAAAUAGCAAAAGACACCUUGUCGGUAGCAGUGUCACGCCACAAAUGACCGGAUACCAACAACCUCAGCAAACUGGAUACCAGAUGGGAUUCCAACAACCUCAGCCUACUGGGUUCCAAAACCCACAAUCGACCGGUUAUCAGCAACCACAACCAACAGGCUACCAACAACAGCAGUACACCGGAGUGCCAUCGCAGUACACCGGGUUCUCCACUCAGCAGCAGAAAGAAUUCGAUUGGGGUAUUACACCACAAGACUUGAACACCUAUGGCAAUAUAUAUAAUAAGUACGCCAAUGCGUCUGGAAAAGUACGAUUUUCGCAGAUGGAGGAUUUCUACUCGACACUUCCGGUCACGCGACAAGACCUUUCAUCCGCAUGGUCUCUUGUUGAUGUCAACCACGCACAAGCUCUUACUCGAGAUCAAUGUUUGGUCUACUUCCACGUUUUGAACGAGAGAAGUCGCGGAGCAAGAAUCCCGUCGGAACUUCCUCAAGAUUUGAAAUCUGCAUUUGCUGGGGAAUAUGCUGCGGAUUUGGGUGAUCGUCCUGGGUCAGGAACCGGUGCACGAAAGGGAAACAGUACCUCCAUGUCUAAAUCUGCGCAAUUGGCCGAUAGCUACGUAAAUCGUCUAGGUGUGGCCAGCACAACCUUAAGUUCCAAAGGAUCGACUGUGCGAGGAGGAAAGUAUGAUGAAGAAGAUUUGUUGAAGAGAGAGUUGGCUGAAUUGCAAGACAAGGUCAGAGAGGCGGAAGAAAACGCAAAGCGAUCAAAUGAUUCUGGAGUGGCAUUUUCAGCCAGACCCUUGAAGGAACAAUUCCAAGCUUUGUACGAUUACAAAUUGAGACAACUAACUGAAAAGUCUGACCUUGAAGAGAAGACCAGAAAGCAAGAACGCGAUAUUGAGACUGCACGCGAUGCUGUCCGUCGUCUUUCACGAAUAGUCGACGAAGUACGAGACCGCAAACGAGAGCUAGAAACUCUAUUGGAAGAAAGACGAUACGAACUUCAGAAGACUCAGCGAUUGAUAGAUACUGAACGCUUGUAAUACCACAACCGAACCCAUAAAUGCGUUCUUCCGUUAAUUCACUCCUUUUUUUUGGGUAGAUGCGAUCCUUUCGAUCGGAUUAAGACAUAUUCGAGUCUUUUAAUAAAUCGGCAAUGUCAGCCCAGUCAACUGUAUGGUAUAAAGUGUGUCUAUCUUGCUUGUUU